GUACUUGCAUGGGAGACCGCCUGGGAAUACCAGGUGCUGUAAGCUUUUUGGAAAUUUUUCACUUAGUAUAUAAUAAUUUUGCCAAAAAAUAGAGUCAAUGCCCGAUCUCUGAAUCUUAGCAGGUUUGGGCCUGGUUAGUACAUGGAUGGGAGACUGCCUGUUAAUACCAGGUGCUGUAAGCUUUUUGGACAUUUUUCACUUAGUAUAUAAUAAUUUUGCCAAAAAAUAGAGUCAAUGCCCGAUCUCUGAAUAUUUGCAGGUUUGGGCCUGGUUAGUACAUGGAUGGGAGACUGCCUGGGAAUACCAGGUGCUUUAAUCUUUUUGGAAAAUUUCACGAAUUAUAUAAUAAUCUUUCAUUAAAAAAAAAAAAAAAAAAAAAAAAGAGUCAAUGCCCGAUCUCUGAAUCUUAGCAGGUUUAGGUCUGGUUAGUACUUUGAUGAGAGACUGCCUAGGAAUACCAGGUGCUGUAAGCUUUUUGGACAUUUUUCAUUUAGUAUAUAAUAAUUUUGCCAAAAAAUAGAGUCAAUGCCCGAUCUCUGAAUAUUUGCAGGUUUGGGCCUGGUUAGUACUUGGAUGGGAGACCGCCUGGGAAUACCAGGUGCUGUAAGCUUUUUGGAAAUUUUUCACUUAGUAUAUAAUAAUUUUGCCAAAAAAUAGAGUCAAUGCCCGAUCUCUGAAUCUUAGCAGGUUUGGGCCUGGUUAGUACAUGGAUGGGAGACUGCCUGUUAAUACCAGGUGCUGUAAGCUUUUUGGACAUUUUUCACUUAGUAUAUAAUAAUUUUGCCAAAAAAUAGAGUCAAUGCCCGAUCUCUGAAUAUUUGCAGGUUUGGGCCUGGUUAGUACAUGGAUGGGAGACUGCCUGUUAAUACCAGGUGCUGUAAGCUUUUUGGACAUUUUUCACUUAGUAUAUAAUAAUUUUGCCAAAAAAUAGAGUCAAUGCCCGAUCUCUGAAUCUUAGCAGGUUUAGGUCUGGUUAGUACUUUGAUGAGAGACUGCCUAGGAAUACCAGGUGCUUUAAGCUUUUGGGCUUUCUUUCCUACUUAUAUAAUGUACUGGCGAUAAGAUUGGCUGCUCUUUAAAUAGCCCUCUCUUUGCAGCAGACUUCGCUUACGGCCAUACCAACCUGGCAACGCUAGAGUGCUAGCAGGAAGUGAGGUGGCAGUAGUGGGUGAGAGUAGGCUCACCAUUGUUGUUUGUAAACCCAUUUUUUGUUUAAAGUUAGCUUUUUUUCUGUUUUUCUGUUUUGUUUUGUUUUUAAGUUCAAACACUUCCCAGCAGCCUAGGCUGUCUGGGGAGGAUUUUUAUUUUUGGAGGGUUUUUUUUGUUAUUUUUUCAAAAUUGGACUGAUUACAUGGAAAUGAACAAGGAAAUGGCAGGAGAAAGACGCAGGGACUUUGACACGGAAAACACUACAGGACAACGGCUUGGAUACAACGAGGCAAAGAAAAUGAUUAUUUAUUCAAAGGAAGCAACUGUAAUUGUGGAUCUGGCAGAGGUGAGAGAUGGAUCGGUGCAGGAUAUUAUCAAAGAAGUGAAUGAAAAAAUUGGAGGAGGAAAGAUUUUGGCGAUAAGACCAAGACAAGGCAAAGAAUUCGAGAUCACAUUAUCAAAUGAGGAGGAGUGUGAAAAGCUAGAGGAUGGACUAAGAAUCAAGCAACAAUUUUGUGAGAUUAGAAAGCUACAAGUAAGAGAAUAUGUUGUUUCUUUCAUGCAUUUGCCUGCAUAUGUUGAUGACCAGGAUAUAUUAGAUAAAUUGGAGGCAUGGGGUGUAACUCCCUCAACCAACAUUAAGAGAAGAACAUAUCCGGGUACUGAAAUAGCAGAUGGUACGAGAUAUGUAAAGGUCAGGUUCCCAAAGGAAGUUGUAUCUCUACCAUAUAGCAGCAAGUUUGAGACUGCUGAGGGCACACAGUACUUUCGGAUUAUACACGAUCGGCAGGUGAAAACCUGUAGAUUGUGUAUGGAUCCAGGACAUGUAUUUAAAGAUUGCCCGGACUUUAUUUGUUACCAGUGCAAAGAGCAGGGGCACUUGGCAAGAAGCUGCAAUGCAGUGAAGUGCCCGGAAUGUAGGAAAGUGUUGGUGAGGUGCGAAUGUUGGAUGGGGGAGGGAGAAAAUAGUAGUGAACAAGAAACAGAUAUGGUUGUUAAUGUGGGUGGGCAAAAGCAGAGGGAAACCGAGAUGGACAAUGUUUUAAACAAGGAGAUGGAAGAUUGUGGACUGGGAGAGGAAAAUGAAGAGGAAGAACAUCAAGCAGACACAGGAGGAGAGGAAAAAGAAAAUGAUGGAGAAAAAACAAUAUCACAAGGGACGGUGCAAAGGACCAUGGAAAUAAGCAAAGAACAGGAGGAACAAAAAAACAAUGAGGAAGAUUAUCAGGAGGGGAGAAUGGAGAGAAAAGGAGAAGAGAAACACUGUGGACUGAGAGAGGACAAUGGAGAGAAAGAACAUCAGGGGGACACAGGAGAAAAGAAGAAAGAACUAGAUGGAGAAAUAACAACAUCUCAAUGGACUGUGCAAAAGACUAUGGAUAUGAGCGAGGAACAUGGGGAACAACAAAACGACGAGGAAGGUUAUCAGGAGAGGAGAAUGGAGAGAAAAGGAGAAGAGAAACGUAGGAAAGAACGAGAAGGAAUACAAAGAAGAAGAACUUUAAAGGUAACACCCAAUAUAGACAUUGCAAAGAAAAGAUUUUUAAGGCAAGGAAUAUUAAAAGACAAGGAGGGUUGUGAGAACAGAUUUGAUGUACUGAGAGAUAUGGAGCAUGACUGAAAAAAAAAAUGAAAUGUUUUAAUUAUUUAUUUUAUAUUGUUUUUAUGUUUUUAAGAGUUGUUUCAUUUAAUGCACGAGGUUUAAUGGAUGUGGAGAAAUUUGAAAAUAUGAGGGAAUUAUGUAGAGGGGUGGAUGUAUUUGUAUUACAAGAAACGAAUUGGAAAAAUUAUUGUGUUAAAAGGUUUGAAAAUUUAUGGGAUGGGAAUAUACAUUGUAAUAAUGGUACAGAGAAAACUGGGAAAGGGGUUGCUAUUUUAAUAAGAAGAGAGGUGUGUGAAAAAGAAAGUGUGGUGUUUAAUGAUGGAGCAGGGAAAUGUUUAGCUGUUGAAAUAGAAAAAGGAAAUGAGAGAUGUACAAUAUGUAACAUACAUGCUCCAAAUGAAGAAAAGCAAAAGGUGGAAUUUUUUAAAACAAUAUCUGCAAAUGUAAGAAUUAAUGAAAGGGUGAUUUUAAUGGGGGAUUUUAAUACUGUUUUUACAGAAUUAGACUUAGCAAGUAAUAUGGUUUUUAAGACUGAUAAGGGAAGGGAGGAGUUGAACAAACUGAUGGGGGAUUUUAAAUUGAUUGAUGUGUGGAGAGAAAGAAAUAGAACGAGUAGGCAAUUUUCAAGAAGACAAUUUGUUUUAAAAGAACUGAAACAAAGUAGGAUUGAUUAUAUUUUAUGUACAGAGGAAAUGCAAGGGAAUAUUACUAAUGUUUAUUAUAAACGAGUUGGUCUUAGUGAUCAUUCUCUCUUAUUUUUAACAUUAGAUUCUUCAAGUGUGAAAAGGGGAGGGGGAGUGUGGGUUUUAAAUGCAAAGAUUUUAAAGAGUAAUGCAUAUCAGGAAAGUAUUAAAGGGAUUG